AUCCGAGAACCUCCCCCCUCCCCCCGGAUAGCACGACGAACCAGGGACUCAAACCCGCGAUAGCAUACCUCCCCCGAAACCACGGAUUCUUGUUCCCCCAACCCCAAACAAUCUUCCAUCUGCCCUAGAUUAAACACAACAUCUCCCAAGCUGUUUGUCCAUAGGUUACCAUACAAGUAUUCGGUCCACAACCUAUAUCCACGCGCCCAUUUCGAAGCCCUAUCAAAACCUCCGCCCACGCGUCCACCCUUAAACCCGUUAUCAUGCCCUCUUCACAUCACACCCAUUCGGUACACGGUUCCCGUACCCACCCACCUCCCAGAUACAUGGAUGUUCAAAUGAUGCAUGCUUCUCACCUAUUCAACAGCAACAACAACAGUAUGCCGCCCAGCAAACAAGCCGUGUCUGCAACCACUGAGCCCGCCACUAGCACCAACCCAGACAACGAAUAUACCAGCGGUGAGAGUGAGCAUGGGGAUGAGGAUGACACUGUGGAAUUGAAAGAGCCUUCAGAGGUUGGGAGAAGGGAUCAUAAUGAAGAGGAUGGCGAGGCAGCGGAGGACGAGGAAGUGUACGAAACUGAAAUGGCCGAAGGUGAUGGAGCUGAGCUAGACAUGACUGGAGAUGAGAUUGACGAAUAUAUGACUGGCGAGGAAUCGGACGGUGAAGAUCAGGAGUAUGACAGGAGGGAGAAACCCACUAAGGACAAGCGCAGGGAGGCAAAUUAUCGUAGGAAGCGCGAACAGGAAAUGGUGGAAGAGGCCAGCGAUCAGGAGGAUGUCGAAGGUGAAGAAGAUGCUCAGUCUGUGUCCUCAAGUGCCUCUUCAGAGGAGAACAGCGAUGACCCGGACAGAAUUGACCCGGCAAUUUCUGAAGAAAUGGAGAGAUUUGCUCAUACAUUCAAGGGAUUCGAGAAGCGCUACCGUUUGGUAAAUAAAAUAGGUGAAGGUAGAAUUCAAAGGGCCGCUAUACCAGAGAGCUGCCGCUAACCUUGGUUGUAGGUACUUUCAGCUCGGUGUAUAAAGCCGAGGAUUUACUGUACGAUCACUACGAUAACAGUUGGGACAUUGAUUAUAAAGAUGAGGCAAGAUGGGCAGCCCCACCGUCAAAGAAGCGACGGACAGGGCAUGGAAACAAUGAUAUUGAGCCUGUUCGUCCGAAAUACGUUGCAAUCAAGAAGAUUUAUGUUACCAGCUCCCCCUCUCGAAUCCAGAACGAACUGGAACUACUGCAUGAUCUCUCUGGGUGCGAUAGUGUCGUGCCGCUAAUCACAGCAUUCCGCUACCAAGACCAAGUUGUAGCAGUGCUCCCGUAUUUCAAACAUGUGGACUUCCGGGUGGGUUUCUCUCUUUACGUCUGGACUAUAAUAACGUAUGAUAGGACUGACAUGGUUUGCUUAUACAGGAAUACUUUAGGGAGUUGACGAUACCUCACAUCCGAUCUUACUUUAGGUCCUUAUUCAGGGCACUCGCUCACGUGCAUGCCAAUGGCAUAAUCCACCGUGAUAUAAAGCCAACGUAUGUCAUCGGCGAUGCCCAAGCCGUGGCCAUUCUGCUGAUGUGGGAUGCUAGGAACUUUUUAUACGAUUACCGUUAUGGUAGAGGUGUUCUCGUGGAUUUUGGCCUUGCAGAGGUAUGCUACCUUCUACCAUCUCUUUCAAUACUUUGCGUACUAGCUAAUUGUUUAUACCCGGCACCAUAGCGAGAAGGAACAGACUCACAAUAUUGCAUGUGCCAGCAUUCCACGACCGAUCGAAAGGACCACCGACCACCCACAUUAGCCCCCUCUAUUGGCUAUCCAAAGCAUGAAACAAGGUUUGUCAUGGAAGAUUCUAGCUCUAAGAGUGGUGCUCCCUCUAACAGUGGCGAAAAAAAAGACCAUCCAGAAGAGCGAACCGCGCCGGCACGAGAGGCUUUAGGGCACCUGAAGUACUCUUCAAAUGCACCAACCAAACCACAAGUCAGUUUUGCCCAAUCUUUUCCAGGAUAUAAACAAAAUUGACAUCACGCCAGAAAUUGAUAUAUGGUCCGCCGGCGUAAUCCUCCUCACGAUUCUCUCUCGCCGCUUCCCCUUUUUCAACUCUUCAGACGAUGUCGACGCCAUGAUUGAGAUAGCGACCAUCUUCGGCAAGCAGAGAAUGAAGCAAUGCGCAGCCCUUCACGGUAAGCAUCCUCUCCGCCCUGGCUCCUGUGAUUGCUAAUAAAUCCAGGCUGCGUCUUCGAAUCCACCAUCCCAACGAUCGGCGAGCGUGGCUUCACCCUGGAAAAGAUUGUCCUGUGGGCAACAAACCGUACAGCAACCGGUUCCUCAAAGGAUAACAAAGACGACGCAAAGCUUGACCAGGACGAGGCCCUCGCGAUCAAGUUUUUGCAACGAUGCUUCGAGCUGGACCCCGCUAAACGUUCCUCCGCAGUCGAAGCGCUCCAACACGAGUUCUUGGCUAGUCCGGAUUGGGAGUCGCCAGAGCCCGAACGUUAGAAAAAGAGGGAGUUUAUUACUGAUACUAGAUGGUGUUGGAGAUUGCGAUUGGGGAGAUUGUACGAUAGUCCAGGUUGGGAGGGUAUAUAUGAUGUUAUGGUUAUGUAUGUUAUAGAUACCUUGUGUUGAUAUAGUAGACCGGCGCUUGCCCCAUCUCUUUCCUAAGACUUGGUUGGUAUCGUGUAUGGGUUGGGAUCUGGGGGAAGGGAUGGUAGAUUUUCUGUCUUAUUUUUUUAUUUUUAUUUUUUUUUCUUUCCUCCUUCCCUUCCCGCCGCCGCUCGCGACAGUCUAAUGGUAAAUACCGAGGCGCGAUUCGAUGCGAUGUAUUAAUAUCAGGCUAGCUAGCUACGGUGGCGUUGCAGUAUUAUGUAGCCCCUUUCCUCGCCGGCAAUUUCGACAUGGAGAAGCAUCAGUUUGCUCGCUAUAGUUGCGGUCCAGCUAUUUUCAUACGCUUGGUAAUAGAUCAAUCCCGCAAAGAGAAAAUUUUUUCUCGAAGGGUAUAUAUUAUGUCCC